UCCAGUGACACUUCAAGAUUGCCAUGGCUCAGGAACUGGUCACGUGUGGAUUUUCAAGAAGAACUUUGCCAAGUUUGAAAAGGUUAAGAUGGCAAAAAAAUACACUGUUGAAGAUGCUCUCAAAAUGAUCAUGGACGGGAAUUCAAGCGACAUGGAGCAGCUACAGGAAGGAGAUGAUGAUGACGAUGAUGUGGAGGAUGAGGAAUGGACUCCUACUGCAAAGAUUGGGGAAAACCCAGAUAGCAGUGACGAUGAUGAUGAGGAAAACCCAGAUAGUAGUGAUGAUGAUGAAAGCCCAGAAGUCCCAGAAGACACAACAAAAUCAAGGGCCACAACGCUGAAGCAGUCGGCAAGGGGUAACAUGAAAAGGAAGACGUAUCAGCGGAAAAGAAAACAGUUUGAACCUCCAUCUGUCGAGUUUGUGGAAUGUGUUGAGGAAGACUCUGAAGAGAGGCUUGACUGGACACUAUAUAUGUAUUUUAAAGAUUUUGUAGUAAUCAAUGCAUGGAUCCGUUACAGAAGAGACCUGGAGAAACUGCAGCCCGGGCAGAAGCCCCUGCCUCUGCAAUGGUUUCAGGCUUCUGUUGGCACUGCCCUCAUAAGUGCAGGAAAGGUCAAAAGGUGUGGCAGACCAAUGUCCUCUCCAGAAGCAACGCCAACCCCUCCCCGAAAGAGGAAAACCACUGAGGUCCCCCCUGAUGUGAGAAAGGAUGGCCUGGAUCAUUUUCCAACAUGGGAAACCCGACAGAGAUGUAAGAAGUGCACAGGCUACUUUACCCAUGUGUUCUGUCAGAAAUGCAAAGUGCAUCUUUGCUUGAACAAGGAGAGAAACUGUUUUCAAGCCUACCACCAUGCAAAGUAAAAAGGUUAUGAACUGCAAAAUGAGUACAAAUAACUGAAACGUUAUGUUUUCCAGGCUUCCACCCAACCAGUUCCAUUGGUGGAUUUCUAACUUUGCAUAAUGGUAGCACUUUUUAUGUUUGGAAAUACAAAUUUGUUGGAAUUGUUUGUGAUUUAUUAUGUUUUUGUAUGUUUAGGGAAAAAGCAAUCAUUGAGCAUUGUGACCUGAUGUAUCAAAUGAUACAAAUUGAAACUCAUAAAUGGAAAAUGAUAUUUGAAAUUUUUUUUGAUUGUUUGUCAUGAGGGACCAAUAAAGGCUCCAAGUUCAAAGAA